GCGAGCGGAGCUGGAGCGCGUAUUAGGGUGAACUAGCCUACUGACAACGAGUGGUGCUGGAUAUUUUUCAUGCAAUUGGCUCUGCUGCAUGCUUGAAACGAACUGCUUUUUAUCGUGACGGUAUAACAUCUUUUUUUUUGCCUCUAUAUUUUUACACUGGAUUUGAUAUUGACCAUAUCUCCCCGGGACGUGUUCAAUGUAUUCAUGUGUGAGAUUGGAGGAAACGAAUUAGCAAAAGAAAGAUAAAAUACUUUGACAGAAGAGAGAGAGUGAAACCUCUUAUCGGCUCGCCUGGAAAUUAAAAGGUAACCGUGGUCUUCACUGAUAGCAUUAGACCCAUAAGAUUCGUUCUGUCAACAGCAUCAUUGGUCUACAUUCGAUGACUGGACUUUGGCUAUUCACGGAUUUUCUCAAUGCGGAUUCCUUUUUUACGUUUCCAUCGGAUAUGUGGUGUGAUAUAAUUGCCCAUUGAAGAGGAAAAGUCAUUACAACGGAAAAGUCAUUUCAACUUGAACAAAUCAUUCAUAUGCAUUUGUGGACGUAUGCGUAAAAUGCAAUGUGUCUAAAAUUAUCCUUAUGGUUGUUGAAUCGCAAUCAUGAUGCUGGGAAGAAUUGAACUGGAUCAUUUCUAGCCAAUCAUUUAAUCUUCAGUGAACAUUAUUUUUUUGGGUAAACCUGUUCAUUAGAAUUUUCCUCCCUUUUGAUUUUUUAAAUUCAUUAUUUGCAUUGUUUUCCAGCCUGUAUCGAAAUGGUCGGUUUAUCAUGCCAGACGUUCCUAUAGUUGUAGCUUGAUACAAACAUCGCAGAUGUAUAUGUUGUUCUGAGACCAUCAGUGUUCUGAGACCAUUCAGAAUGUUUUCUAAUAUCUAUCCUCAAGAUCUCACGCGUUGCAACAGAUUGGAGAAUGUGGUUUCUCUCAGAAGAGUACAAUGAGGUAGAUGGACUUAAGACCAUAUAAUCAAGUUACAUGUAUACCAGAUAGGAUACCAGAUAGCCUUUUCUGUUAUCGAAACCUAUUCCAAGGAUAACUUUUCGAUCAGAUUCGCUAACUGGACAUUUUUUGCCAGUUAUCUCUGACAUGCAUAGGUGUGCGUGAUCAUACGAGGUCCCAAUUAAAUCUAAGGAAAAAUCAACAGGUACAAUGUACGCCAAGGACAUGGAUUUUAUGCAAAUUCUUUGGAUAGUCCUUUUAUGCUGGACUGGGGCUGAUUCUGUUAUCAAUUUGAAAUACUCGAUAAACGAGGAGCAGAAGGCUGGGUAUAUCAUUGGAAACGUGACAAAGGACGCACAAACUCAAGGAUUUGCCAUUGCACCGCGUGCGCCGUACUUGCGGGUCAUCUCAAAUUCAGAGCCGCGAUGGGUGGAACUCAGCCCUGCUGGACUUCUCCUCACACAUCAGAAAAUAGACCGAGAUGUGGCUUGCCGACAGACGUCAAAGUGCACUGUCUCUCUGGAGGUGAUGUCAAACUCCAUGGAGAUCUGUGUGAUUAAAGUUGAAAUUGUGGAUUUGAACGAUAAUGCGCCCAGGUUCCCCACAAACCACAUUGACAUUGAAAUCUCAGAGAAUGCCUCCCCUGGUACCAGGUUUCCCCUAGAGGGGGCAAGCGAUCCGGACUCUGGGAUUUUCGGUGUGCAAUCGUAUUCGAUCACCCCGAAUGAGCUCUUCGGGUUGGAGAUUAAGACUAGGGGGGACGGGUCUAAGAUUGCCGAACUCGUAGUGCAAAAAUCGUUAGAUAGGGAGACCCAGUCUCACUACUCAUACGAAAUUAGUGCAGAAGACGGCGGAGACCCCCCAAAGAUUGGCGCAGUUCAGCUCAAUAUUAAAGUAAUGGAUUCGAAUGAUAAUAAUCCCGUUUUUGACCAGCCUGUGUAUACAGUGAAUGUGAUGGAGAAUUCUCCGAUUAAUACACUUGUAAUUGAUUUGAAUGCAACGGAUCCUGACGAGGGAACUAAUGGUGAGGUUGUAUACUCGUUUAACAGUUACGUCACCGAGAAAACUAGAGAUGUAUUUAAAAUCGACCCUAGAACCGGUAUUAUCACUGUAAAUGGCCCGUUGGAUUAUGAAGCAACCCAUAUUUACGAGAUUGAUGUCCAAGCCAAAGAUUUAGGUCCAAAUUCUAUUCCGGCUCAUUGUAAAGUCACGGUCAAUGUGAUGGAUGCAAAUGAUAACCCACCUGUCAUUAGUUUAUUGUCGGUGAACACAGAGCUGAUUGAAGUUAGUGAGAACGCGCCACGUGGAUACGUUAUUGCAUUAGUAAGGGUCUCAGAUAAGGACGCUGGAGCGAAUGGCAAGGUGCAGUGUAGACUACAAGGCAACGUCCCUUUCAGGCUCCAGGAAUACGAGAGCUUCUCAACCAUCCUUGUCGAUGGCAGGCUAGACAGAGAACAGAGGGACACAUACAAUCUAACUAUCCAAGCAGAGGACAGCGGCACCCCCCCUUUACGUGCCACUAAAUCGUUUGUAGUGAAAGUCACAGAUGAAAAUGAUAACCCUCCCCACUUCCUAAAACCCCAUUACCAAGAGAUGGUCCUAGAAAAUAACCUGCCCGGCUCAUGUUUGCUGGCAGUGUCUGCUGUAGAUCCCGAUUUGGGCAUGAAUGGCACCGUUUCAUACACCAUCGUUCCCAGUGAGAUUAAACACAUGGACGUAAACACAUAUGUCAGUAUAAAUCCUUCAGGACGUAUUUACUCCAUGAGAUCAUUCGACCAUGAGUACACUAGGACUUUUGACUUCAAAGUUUUGGCCAGGGACCAAGGGAAUCCGUCCUUAUCCAGUAACGCGACUGUGCGCAUUGUCGUUUUGGAUGUGAAUGACAAUACACCUGUUAUGACUACUCCACCCCUGGUAAAUGGCACCGCAGAGGUAUCCAUUCCAAGGAACGCAGGGGUGGGUUACCUGGUGACCCAAGUCAAGGCCGACGACUACGACGAGGGGGAGAAUGGAAGGCUGACCUAUACCAUUUCGGAGGGAGACAGGCCUUUCUUUGAGAUAGACCAGGUGAAUGGAGAGGUGCGGUCCACCAAGAUGUUCGGGGAGCAGGUCAAGUCGACCUACGAGAUCACAGUGGUGGCACGCGACCACGGGAAACCGUCCUUGUCUGCCUCUGCAUACAUUGUUGUCUACCUCUCACCGGACCUGAACGCCCAGGAAUCUAUUGGACCAGUAAACCUGUCAUUGAUUUUCAUCAUUGCCCUGGGCUCUAUUGCAGCUAUCCUGUUUGUCACUAUGAUUUUUGUGGCAGUCAAGUGCAAAAGGGAUAACAAGGAGAUCCGAACGUACAACUGCAGUUUCUUCUACUUGCGCAGGGUGGCGGAGUACUCGUAUGGCAGCCAGAAGAAGUCGAGCAAGAAGAAGCUGAGCAAGAACGACAUCCGCCUCGUGCCGCGCGACGUGGAGGAGACGGACAAGAUGAACGUGGUGAGUUGCUCGUCUCUCACCUCCUCGCUCAACUACUUCGACUACCACCAGCAGAGCCUGCCGCUGGGCUGCAGGCGCUCCGAGAGCACCUUCCUCAACGUGGAGAACCAGAACUCGCGCAAUGCCGCGCCCAACCACGGUGGCUAUCAGCAGCAUCCCUUCGCCAGCGGUCAGGGUCCCCAGCAGCCUGACCUCAUCAUCAACGGCAUGCCGCUGCCAGAGACGGAGAACUAUAUCGACUCCAGCUACGUAAACAGCCGAGCACACCUUAUCAAAAGCACAUCGACAUUCAAGGACCUGGAGGGCAAUAGUCUGAAGGACAGCGGGCACGAGGAGAGCGACCAGACGGACAGUGAGCACGACGUCCAGAGAGGCCACUACAUAGACACGGCUGUCAACGAUGUGCUCAAUAUGACCGUGCCCCCCAACGUCUGCCAGCUGCCCGACCAAGGUAGGAGAAAAGACCCCAGUGAAGGCUUCCACUGCCAGGAAGAGUGCCGUAUCCUGGGCCAUUCGGACCGCUGCUGGAUGCCCCGUGUGCCUGGUCCGGCCCGCGGCAAGUCGCCUGAGCAUGGCCACCCACGUAACAACGUCAUCGCCCUGUCUAUUGAGGCCACCACCGUAGAUGUGCCCCACUACGAGGACUGUGGCACCGGCACCAUCAAAAGGACUUUUGCCACCUUCGGCAAGGAUGGCCCAGAAGACCCCGAGCGGGGUGAGCUAAAGGGCAUCAAGCGGACAAUGAUGGAGUCUCAGGUGUGCAGCCCCAAGGCCAACGGCGGCGCCGUGCGCGAGGCGGGCAACGGGCGCGAAGCAGCCAGUCCCAUCACCUCCCCUGUGCACCUGAAGAGCCCGCUGGCCAAGGUGCCAUCCGGCUACAACACGCUCAGGUGCCGUGGCGCCGAGCGCAUUGCCAACCACAGCAUGCUGCGGCAGCCCGAGGGGAAGGACAGCGAGCCGGCUGUCCGGGAGAUCAACACUCUCCUCCACGACGGCAGCCAUCUUGAGAAGGAGUCUCCCAGCAGCAAGCGCCUGAAGGACAUUGUGCUCUAACGGGCCUCAGGGGAGCCUACUCACACACACACACACACACACACACACACACACACACACACACACACACACACACACACACACACACACACACACACACACACACACAGUGUAAACAAACACAAAUACAUACAUACAUACAUACAUACAUACAUACAUAUAUAUAUAUAUAUAUGUAUAUAUAUAUAUAUAUAUACAUACAUAUACAUAUACAUACAUACAUACAUACGUACAUACAUACAUACAUAUAUAUAUAUACGCACACAUACUCCGCCAUAGCAGUGUGUACGCAGGUGAAAGUCAAGCCGAUGAAAGAAAGAAAGAGAGAGAGAGAGAAAGACACAACUUGAGCGUAGUAUACAGUACUAAGGACAAAGCCCAGAUGUGAAAUAUUACUGGAAAAUGCUGAGCUUCAUGUUGUGUUCCUCCAGACAAGUGAAGGCCGUGGAUGUGGCUUUGUUGUAGUCACAGUACUUUUCUUGUUUGGUUUUCCGUUCGUUUUCUGCAGCCAGUGGACAGGCAGGUUGCUGUUGACUGUGUGACUUGCCCCUUCGGCCGGAUUCUGCCUCUCCCCUGUUCAGAUUUAGGACCUGACACCUAUGGUGACGGAUAAAAAAAGUACAGAACUUUGCCUUUUGACUGUUUUUGCAUAACUAACUGAGAUUGCCUUCUUUGGUUUUGUCUCGGCUGCCAAAUUGACUCCUCGUUUCCUUUGUAAAGCUCCCCACAGUGCAACAGACGGAGACAGACAGACAUGCACAUGAUUCUUCUUCUGUGAACCAUUGCCUCUAUGUGCAUCUUGAACAGUGGUCAGUAGUGAAGACGGAGGAGGGAAGGAACACAUUCCCAGUCUCAUUUUCUUCUCGGUCUGAUAAGAGAAUCCGUAUUCUCUGUAUACACCCCCCCCCCCCCCCCCCCCCCACUGGAGGACAUCCCAGUGUCACCAGACUGUGAGGUCUGCACAGUAUUUAUGGUUUAUCACUGAUGGAGCUUAAUGAACUCUUGCUAUCUGCCCAGGCACUCCCAACACUGGGAAGUGGGACAGACUUUCGACUGAGCUAUGAGGAAGAUAAAAAAAUACUUAUUGCUUUUGAAAUCUCCUGUGCCCAUUCUUGAUUGUAGCCAGUGGAGCACAAUUAGAACUUUGUGCUCUGGUCUUGUACUUUUUCUGACUUUUGACUAUGGGGCUAGGAUAGAAGGGAUCGUCACUCACGUCUUGCUAUGUGAAACUCUGUAUAGGGUUUACUAUUAUCAUUUUUAAUAACCUGUUGUUAUGUGACAAUCCCUUUAAUGUUUUGUUUCAAGAGUUUAAAAAAAAAAAAAAAAUAAACAUUGGUGUUCAACUGAAGCUACAGUAGCGUUGUUUCACAAACAAAAACAAAAAAACAUAUGCCAAAAUAUAUUUUAUAAAUAAUUUAAAAAUGUAUAAUGAGAAUAUUUAAAUCCGUGUAGUUAUUUUAUCAGUAAGUUAUACUUGAAAUUAACUGGCUUUUGUUUAUUUGGCAUUUUUUAAUGAUUAUGAUUAUUUUUCAAAAUGAACUUGGUUUUUUGUUUUUGUUUACUGUGUUACCCUGGCAACUGUUGACUUGCAGUCUACCUUGUUGUAAAGAGUUUCUUAUUGGUCAGUUCUUGUGCCAUCAAGUUUCUGUGUGGACAAAUAGAAAAUGUAAAAAUACAAAAAAUAUUGCAAUUUCAGCACCAAUAGUAGUGUGUCAGUUCAAUGAGCUUAGAGUGAGAUAGCAAAAUAAACCAAAAAAGAAGCAAACAAAACCGUAAAGAUUGCUUAAUCUUAAUAUUUAAGUAAGAAGAAGAUGGUUAAUUAAGCUAGUUUUUUAAGCUAGUGAGAUAAUUCCACCUAUUUCUGUGUGUUUGUUUUUGGACUAAGGUUUCCUGUUGGUUCCUCACCUCAGAACUGGCCUUAGUGAUAUGAACCAGAGAAUAGGCCCUGUCAACACUUCAAGUAACAGACUAAAGGUGAAGGUAUGCAGACAAGCUUUGCUCAACUGCUGUGCCAUCAUGUAUCAUCUCCUUUGAAUUGAGUCUGAAAAUAUAUUUAAGAACAGCAAGACAAACCUUUCAGUCAUGACCAAACAGAUUUGGUGGAAUCGUAUGUUUAAAGGAAAUUAAGUUCUUCAAAGAACCAUCUUGCAAAUCAGCAAUGCGGUUUUCAGUUGCUUUACAGUUAAACUAUGUACAACAUGGAAAAUUGUAAAUGAAAAAGGACAAAAUUACAUACAAUGAAAUAGAUCUUGUAGCUGAAUGUUUUUGCUUGUCUCACCCAUGGCUUUUGGCAACAUGAACAUCGGAAUAAUCACUGAAUGUAUACAGCAGCUUAUUAUUAAACUAUUAAAUGUU